CGAGCGCGGGGAGCCAGAGCGCGCGGGCGCCGGCAGGCUGGCCGAGCUCCGUUUCCACAGUCGCCCUUGAUGGCGGCGCAGGCGAGGCAGCCGUGGCACGGAGCGGCAGCCACGCGCUAGAGAGUCCGCCCGGCCCCGCCCGGCCGGCCCGCCCGUGCCCUGCCCUGCCCGCCUCUCUCCACGCGCCCUCCGGCAGACGUCGGCGCCCCGGCUCAGUCCCUCGCCGCGUGCAGCUCCGCCGCCUCCGGGCCGGCAGGGAGGGCACUGAUCUUCGAUCGCGAAGAUGGCUGCUGGCUGCCUGCUGGCCUUGACUCUGACACUUUUCCAAUCUUGGCUGAUCGGCCCCUCGAGCGAGGAGCCCUUCCCUUCGCCCGUCACUAUCAAGUCAUGGGUGGAUAAAAUGCAGGAAGACCUUGUCACACUGGCAAAGACAGCAAGUGGAGUGACUCAGCUUGCUGACAUUUAUGAAAAAUACCAAGAUUUGUAUACUGUGGAGCCAAAUAAUGCACGCCAACUGGUUGAAAUUGCAGCUAGAGACAUUGAGAAACUUCUGAGCAACAGAUCUAAAGCCCUGGUGCGCCUGGCUAUGGAAGCAGAGAAAGUCCAAGCCGCCCACCAAUGGAGGGAAGAUUUUGCAAGCAACGAAGUUGUCUACUACAACGCUAAAGACGAUCUUGAUCCUGAAAGAAAUGAGAGUGAGUCAGGCAGCCAACGGAUUAAACCUGUUUUCAUCGAAGACGCUAAUUUUGGACGCCAGAUAUCCUAUCAACAUGCAGCGGUCCAUAUUCCCACGGACAUCUAUGAGGGCUCAACCAUAGUGUUAAACGAACUCAACUGGACAAGUGCCUUAGAUGAAGUUUUCAAAAGAAAUCGAGAUGAAGACCCUACAUUGCUGUGGCAAGUGUUUGGCAGCGCCACCGGCCUGGCCCGAUAUUAUCCAGCUUCUCCGUGGGUGGAUAACAGCAGAACUCCAAACAAGAUCGAUCUCUACGAUGUACGCAGAAGACCAUGGUACAUCCAGGGAGCUGCAUCCCCCAAAGACAUGCUCAUUCUGGUGGACGUGAGUGGAAGUGUGAGCGGAUUGACUCUGAAACUCAUCCGGACAUCUGUCUCUGAGAUGUUAGAAACCCUUUCCGAUGAUGAUUUCGUGAAUGUAGCUUCAUUUAACAGCAAUGCUCAGGAUGUGAGUUGUUUCCAGCACCUGGUUCAAGCGAAUGUAAGGAACAAGAAGGUGCUGAAGGAUGCGGUGAAUAACAUCACAGCAAAGGGGAUAACAGAUUACAAGAAAGGCUUUAGCUUCGCGUUUGAACAGCUACUUAAUUAUAAUGUUUCCAGAGCCAAUUGUAAUAAGAUCAUCAUGUUAUUCACGGAUGGAGGAGAAGAGAGAGCCCAGGAGAUAUUUGCCAAGUACAAUAAAGACAAAAAAGUCCGCGUGUUUACAUUUUCUGUUGGUCAACAUAAUUAUGACAGAGGACCUAUUCAGUGGAUGGCUUGUGAAAACAAAGGUUAUUAUUAUGAGAUUCCCUCUAUUGGUGCAAUAAGAAUCAAUACUCAGGAAUAUCUAGAUGUUCUGGGAAGACCAAUGGUUUUAGCCGGGGACAAAGCAAAGCAAGUCCAGUGGACAAAUGUGUAUUUGGAUGCUCUGGAGCUGGGACUUGUCAUUACUGGAACUCUACCGGUCUUCAACGUCACUGGCCAGUCUGAAAAUAAGACUAACUUGAAGAACCAGUUGAUUCUUGGUGUGAUGGGCGUUGAUGUGUCUCUGGAAGAUAUUAAGAGAUUGACACCACGUUUUACACUGUGCCCCAACGGUUACUAUUUUGCAAUCGAUCCUAAUGGUUAUGUCUUAUUGCAUCCAAAUCUUCAGCCAAAGCCUAUUGGUGUGGGUAUACCGACAAUUAAUUUAAGAAAAAGGAGACCCAACGUUCAGAACCCCAAAUCUCAGGAGCCGGUCACACUGGAUUUUCUCGAUGCUGAGUUAGAGAAUGAUAUUAAAGUGGAGAUUCGAAAUAAAAUGAUAGACGGAGAAAGUGGAGAAAAAACAUUCAGAACUCUGGUCAAAUCUCAAGAUGAGAGAUAUAUUGACAAAGGAAAUCGAACAUACACAUGGACACCUGUCAAUGGCACAGAUUACAGAGUCUCUCCGUAUAUCCAUUGGCUGUCCUGGAACUCACUUUGUAAACCAGGUGUCCUUGAACUGAGAAAUCUGCCUGCUUUGCCUCCGGAUUCCUGGAAUUAAAGACAUGUUCUACCAUGCCCAGCUACUCUGCUGUCUUGCAGUAAAUCUUCUCAGCAUUUCCGGCUUACUCUUUGGUCCUGUACCCCACAACUUUGUAAUAGUAAAAUGUUUCUUGUUACUCAUUAUCUUCUUGGAAAAUCUUAUUUUUCAAUUUCAUAUCAUCAAACCACACCUUUCAUCCAACCUUCCUUCAUGAUACGAGGCUGUCUUCAUUCUCCCUCAUUUUCACCUUCCUCCAUUCACAGAGAUCUGUCUGUCACUGUUUAAGACAAAUCCAUGUGUAAAGCAAAGCAAGAUGCAUUUGCUGCAAUAAAUAUUAAAAUACACUAAGAGCAGCAGGUCAAUCAUUUAUCAUUAUACUUCAUACACUUAAAGUUAGUCUCUCAAUUUCUAUGUUUUAAUUCAUGGGCUAAUACAGACAGUUGGCAAAUGGAUAAGUCUGUAAGCCACAUUUAUGUAGUACUAAGAAAGAUGACUCUCCAUUUCUCAAUCUCCUCUUUUCUAAUGAGCUCAUAAUCUUCUUUAUAGUCAGUGAGUUCAAAGUCAUCUGCAGCUUGUACAUCUCCUCUACCCCGGCUUUAUAUCCUUCAAAUCAUUUCCAAUACCCCACCUAAUACUUCACCUAACCAACCCUGACAGCCUUUAAGAGGGCAUGGAAAUCUUGACAACAACAACAAAAAAAAUUCAGGAUGCUUCUAUAAGUCUUUUGAUGGCUUAUUUUUCUCUUCAAAUCCAUAAAUUCUCUGUGUAUUUUCUCUUGGGAGGUUUUAUUUUCUUCAGUUCUGUGGUCAAGGAAACUCUCACCAUCAUACACAACUGCUUAACUGUGUACCUCUAUGUUUUCUCUUUAGUUCUACUCUCAGCACAGAAAAGGACCAUACUUGAUUUUAAUUGUUUAUAUGACUCUACUCAAAUACCAUAACUGGCAGCUCAUUACAUAUAAUAGACAAAGUCUAGCAAGGCAUUGGUUCCCUAACCCUUCUGUUCUCUUUCACCACUAGAUUUCUCAAUUUACUGUUCAUAUGCUCAGCUGAACACCUUCUGAUUGAGCCUACACUCUCAUUGCAGACACAACUAGCUCUCUGCACCAAGCCUUUGUUCCCUAAUCCACUGAACCUCUUGCUCAUUCCUCAUCUAGAUAAUGCCUUUCCUUCCUCUUCAGAAAGACGUUUCUAACAUAUUUGGUUAAAAUACUGUGUUAUCCCCCUUUAGGUCACCUAACGCUCAUUUGCAUUUUUGCAUUUCUAUGGGAACAUAUGUACAUGAGGCUUAUAGAGAGACAUUUAACUCUGUGGAUUACUGUUUUCUUAAGUUCUAAGAAGACAGAGGUAGAUGCUGCCUAACUAACCUCUGAAUUCCAUGCACAUAAUACAGUGCACAUAGUACAUACUUUCUAAAGAAGUGCAAAACUGAAGAAUCUCAAUUGGAAGAAAUAAAUUUUCAUUUUUACAAAAUUUUCAAUGUUUUAUCUUGUCAAAUUCUUAAAAUUAUAACCCAGAAUUUGUCACAAAUAUUCUCCUGUGUACUUUGGCUAUGCAUUUGUUCCCAAUUAAUAUGAAUCCUAAUUAAUUAGUUGUGCCACACUCAGACACAGCUAUAUCUUGUUAUUGUUGUUGUUGCUGUAUUUUUAUAAGUCCUCAGUUUAAAAACAUCAUACACAUAAUCUCGUAGGAAAGCCUUUCAGUGUCAGAGAUGUCUGAAAGCUACAGUGUUGUUGUUAUAGGAACCUAUAUCCUUUUGUUCUUGGGGUGACACAUAGAAUGUAGAAGAAAACACAAUGCUUAUGUUUUGAGAUAUUAUAUCACAGCCCUCUGGUUUUCUUAGUUGUGGAUUACUCUUUGUUACUAUUAUACUUAAUUAUAGUCUAGAUUAUAUUUAUAAUUACUGCUAAUUAUUUCACUCCCUUCCAUCUACCAAUUAGAUUAUAAAUCUAACAUUUAAAGUUAAUAAGUUUCCCCAUCUGAUUAUUUCUAUCUUUCAGGCUUUUUAAAUAAACCUUUAAAAGGCCAUGAAGGUACAAGACAUUAGGAAUCUCUGUCAUUACUUAAUAAUGACUUCAUUAUAAAACAGAAAUACUUGAAUACUUGUUGCACUGGGUGGAAAUAUGGUUUCUGCCUUCUGUGCUCAGAUAACCAAAGCGUAGAAACACUUAAUCUUUUUGACCAGGACAAUGAGUCAGCCAUGUCAGUUACUUUUACUUCAGUGCCAAGGCUACCUCUGUAGUUCUCUAAAUUUGGGGGUCCUGUUUGUUUUUAGUUCCUUGUGGAUGCUUUGUCCCCCUCAACUCCCCCCAGACCCAUCUCCUGCUUCCCUAACCAUCCAGUCUAUUUUAGGAUGUGUUACCUUCCAUAGAAUUUUGGUAGUCUUACUAGGGGCUACCAUCCUAGAAAACUCAUCCUUCCUUUUCCAACAGCAAUUAUUCUCUAACUCUAAACUAGGCCUGGGGUUGUGUGCACAUCUCCUUUCAUCAUGCUGGGGUCUUGUCUGGCUUGUGCGUGUAAAGGUCCUGUGCAAUCGAUGGAACUGCUAUAAGUUCCUAUGUGCAGUGGAACAUAGAGAACAGUCUUCAUGUAGUCAUCCACCACACCUGACUCUUACUGCUCUCUCUUCUACAUUGAUCACUGAACCUUAGGGUGUAAUAUAGAUAUCCCACUUAAGGCCAAGAAUCCUGAAAUCUCUGAUUUUCUGCAUCUUAGUCACCUGUGUGUGGGUCUCUGUGAUAGUCACUGUCACAUGCAAAUAGAGGCUCCUCUGAAUAAGGUUAAGAGAUGUGUUAAUCUGUAGGUAUAGUGAGAAGUCACCAGUAGUUGGUUUAAUGUUUUGCAUAUUUAACAAAAUAAUAGUAGGUUGUUCUCUUGGUUUCUAUGAUCCAUCUAUUCAUUGGGUCUUGGCCCAAAAAUGGUACAAGGUAUGAAUGUCAUCUGGAGUUGGCCUAAUCCCCAAACCAAAAGUAGUUGAUUACUUCUAGGUUGCUUGUGCCACCAGGGGCCUAUGUUGACAGCUAAUCAUUCCUGUAGCUUACAAUGUUCACAGGUAGACAGGAGUUGGUAAUUGUUUCACAAAUGGCCUCUUCACUCAAACAUUCCUUACCAUAUCCAGGAGCAAGGCACAGUAUGAGUAAUGUUUUACUCAAUUUGGAUCUCACACUUUGCUCACAGAUAUUCAUGAAGGCGAUUGAGAAGGUGUUUGACACCACCCAUUUCUUUGUUUUUUAUUAAUCAUUUUAUUUGUUUACAUUUCAAAUGGUAUCUCCCUUCCCAGUUACCCUUCCACAAACCCCCUAUCCCUUCUCCCCUCUCCCCCCUCCUUUUUGUCUCCAUGAUGGCACUCCUCCACUUACUCACCCACUCCUGCCCCAAUGCUUCAGCAUGUUCCUAUGCUAGAGCAUCAGUCUCCAUAGGAUCCCAUUGAUGUUAUAUAAGGCUAUCCUCUGCUACAUAUGCAGUUGGAGCCAUGGGUCUGUCCAUGUGUACUCUUUGGUUGGUGGUUUAGUCCCUGGGAGCUCUGGGUGCCACCCAUUUCCAAUACAGCCCAUCUGCUCUGCCAUUUUGCUGAUUCUGCAAUACACUGUGCUCUGAAGGAGCCAUGGUAUCCUCACUUUGCAUGCUUUCCUCACAUAGUCUUGUCCCAGUCUCUAAUGUUGGCCUCAAUUACAUGUACACCCUAAUGUCUGGGCUGAUAAAUUCACAAAUGACAAAUAAGUAACAUGUUCUAUCUAAAGAUGUCUAAUUUGAUUAAAUGAAUGGCAUGACAUACCAGUUUCAGACACAGGUGGUUUCUGUUUUCCUAAACUUAAGUGACACAUUUUAAAAUCUAAAAAAAAAAAUAACUUCUUUUACAGAGCACACUAUUUUCUAAAGAGACAUACUUUGAUGGGGAUAAACAAUUUGAGUUGAAAACUAUAACUGUGUUAUAGUCUGUUUAAUUCAGUUAACUACGUUUAUGUGAGUCACCAAACUAUUGCUUGGGCUCCAACAUCCAUCCCAUGUCACUUGCUUUAUUAAACUCUAAUCACCGAGAGAAAAUAAAGAAGCCUUGUUGUAUUGGGUUCAUGUUAUGAGAUCAAGCAGUCUGUGCAUUUGACAGUAUUGUUGCUUUGGAAUGUUGGUAAAGAUCUUAUCUGCAGUAUGUGGAAGAAACAACUGCUGGGUUGACUUAGAAAUACAUACAACUAUUUUUCUACAGAAUGAUUUGUGACUAUGAGUAACACUGUCAGUCUUACAGGCCAGUACAUCAUGCAUUUAAUGUGCCAACUUUAACGCUUCCAUUGGGAUCCUGGUGGGUUGCUACACUGCUUUUAGUGGUGCCUAACAUGUAACUGAAGCUUAUAGGGAGACACUGUAGCAUUCGAAUGAUACAGUGUUACCAGCUUUAAUUAGAAGUUCCUGACGAUGAUAAAUGCUGAUGGAGCAAUAAAAAUGCCCUAAUUCCCCUUGAGAGAAAUUUGUAGCAGGCAGUUUUUAAAUACUCAGUAAUUCGGUUCUUCUGUAAAUGGCAAGUGAAUCAUGAAAGGUCAUCUAGCUUGCAGAAGAGUUGUGCUGCUUAUUUUAAUUUUAAUCUCUGCCUCCACUUGAAGUUACUUAUAAAAUAAAUGCAGAAAUUUCCAUGAGAUCUACAUAACAUUUUAGUUCCCUGACCUUUUCCCAUAAGCAGAGUCUAUGAAUUUCUUAAUGGUGGUGAGUUUGUAAAUUGAAGGCAGCAAGCAUGCACUCCUUUUUGUUGUCUUUAUUGCAAAAUUAAAAUUUUGAAAGUAAACCUUUGCAUGUGAACAGGUAUCCAGGGAAAUUUUAACAUUUACAUUCAUAAGUCUGAAAUUUUCUAUUUGUUGUGUGUUACACAUUGUCUAUCAGUAACGUGUAAUAACAUUGUAGUUUGGAUUUCUAUUCCCAUAUCUGUAGACACAGAUAGAUGACUUAAAGGAUCUAUUUACAAGUGCAUAACAAUAUUCAAAUUCCUAGAAAGGAACGUACUUUCUGACUUUUCACUAAUAUUUGGGGUAGCGUUAAAAGCAUGUUAAUCAAGAAUUACUUUUUGCUCAUAGUUUCAUUGGCCAUCUUAGAAAUAGGCACAAUUCUUGCCUCCAUUUACAUUCGUGGCAUAUCAAAUGUGGACAAAUUAUCAUUUGUAUGUCUUACUUGUAUAUAUUAGCUAAAUUAGAAAGAGAAGUUUAUUUCUGACAACUGCCUAAUCUGAAUUAAAAACUCUAAUAUAGUCAUCAGAUGCUCUAUAAAUUAGGAACUUCUAAGGGUAUAAGUUUGCCUACCUGACAGCUUCUUGGGAGGACUCUUCCAAACAAGGUGAGUGACAGGCCUAUUUAACAGUCUUUGUGACUAAAACAUAUUGAAGUUGGCAUAAGAUUCCAGUGGUGGCUAUGGUAACUCUCUAAUUUUAAUUAUGGUUGGUUCAAAGCAUUCAACAUUAUGCAUAAUAAAGAGAAUAUAUCCAACUGGUAUAAUAUUUUCUUUGUUUAAAUUUAAACCUUGUUCCUUUUCCUUUUUUUGCCCAAAUCUGGAACAUGUAAUGACAAUGUCUGGAAAGGUACCAAGGAUGAAGGGCAUUUCUCCAAAGCUAUCUUAUGGCUACAUUAGGUAGCCUGUUACCUCCUUGCCUCUUAAGUCCGCAUCCUGUAGAGAGCUGGCUGACACUGUUUAGCAAGGUGGAAAUUAAGAAUUAUAUUUGUUGAAUGCAUUUACCUGUCAGAAUAACAUGUCCUCUCCUUGGCAUGAGGAAGGUCUUUGGAUUUUCCCAUGAACUUGAUGUGUCUUUUUUUUUUAAGUUAUGCUUCAUUUUUGUGUGUUUGUGUUUAUGCUUCUCUUGUUUCUAUUGCAGUUUGGCCUUGGUAUUGCCAACCUACAGUUUUUACUAUAUAAAAGCCAAAAUAGAAGAGACAAUAACUCAGGCCAGAU